ACAAUACAAACUGUCUCAAUUUAAAGAUCAUUCAAUGAAACUUCCUUCAGAAAAGAAGGAAUACCGUUCAUCCAUUGGGGCGGGAGCUUGUGACUCACUCAACUUCCUCUAUAGUAACGCAUGGAAGAGUUACGCGCGAGCAUUCUCUCAUUCGGCGCUUUGAGAGAGAGCUGAACACUUCUGCACACCCCCGAGGAACAACUACAGGACUACAGAGCUAUUAAACAGGCCAGCUAAAACUGACCCCAGCACACUCGACACGGACAAAGACUGAAAGAGUUUUGACAGGGGACUGACUUCGAUCAGAGCAACAUGAGUGAACGCUUUGACUGUGACAACUGCAAGGAGUCCUUAUAUGGCAGGAAGUACAUUCAGGCAGAGGACAACCCUUACUGCAUCCCUUGCUACGACAGCCUGUUUGCCAACACCUGUGAUGAGUGCAAAGAGCUGAUUGGCCAUGAUUCAAGAGAGCUAUUUUAUGAGGACCGUCACUACCACGAGCACUGCUUCCGCUGUUUCCGCUGUGACCGUUCGCUGGCAGACGAGCCCUUCACCAGCCAGGAUGAUGCUCUUCUGUGCAAUGACUGCUACUGCAACGAGUUCUCCUCCAAAUGUGUGGCCUGUGAUAAAACCGUCAUGCCUGGAACCAGGAAGCUUGAGUAUGCCGGCUCCACAUGGCAUGAGGGCUGUUUCAUUUGCAACAGCUGUCAACAGCCAAUAGGCUCCAAGUCCUUUAUUCCAGAUAAAGAUGACCACUAUUGUGUACCCUGCUAUGAGAACAAGUUUGCACCGCGCUGUACUCGAUGUAAACAGGCCUUGGCUAAAGGUGGUGUGACCUAUAGGGAUGAGCCGUGGCAUAAGGAGUGCUUUGUGUGCACAAGCUGUAAAGUCCAACUAGCUGGCCAACACUUCACCUCCCGCGAUGACAGCCCAUACUGCAUCAAAUGUUUUGGCAAUCUGUACGCCAAGAAGUGUGAAGCCUGCAAAAAACCUAUUACAGGUUUUGGUGGAGGAAAGUACAUUUCAUUCGAGGACCGGCAAUGGCACCAGCCAUGCUUCACCUGCUCUCGUUGCUCCGUAUCGCUGGUGGGCGCAGGCUUCUUCCCCGAGCAAGAUGAGAUUCUCUGUCGUAACUGCAACAGCAGCUUAUAGAACGCAACCCCUAGCCACACACCUUACCUUCCCAUAUGCACGCAUACAUAUACAUGCACACAUCUAUUUUACACAGCUGUGCCCUCAAAUGAGAACUUCACAUCUCAAGUUACGCCCAUGCAGAUACUGCUGUUUGAGAUCACAGCAAACCAACAAUCUGCUCCCACACACACACACACAAUAUUCUGAGCUUCACCAAAAUACUCAAAGAAUAGGCUUGCUGGUUUAUGAUUGAAUUAACAAGACUUUUAAAAGAUGCACCAAAGAUUGAUGUUGAGUUGUGAAAGCUAUGCGAUGCUGAGUUCCAACUACAGUCUAUCCAUUGCACAAUCCGGAAUCAACACUCCAUAAACUUGUAGGUCUCUAUGCACAGAUAAAAAUAUCUGAUCUGCCUACUAGUUAUUCCCAUCUUUAUUUUUCAAAACUGUCAUUAGGAUGGUAAUGGUCAUUAAUGGGUGGAUGUAGUCUGUGUUUGCAGCCUGUGAAAGAACUCAAACAGAUUCCUUCAUAAACACUCAAAGGUCAAAGGUUUGGUGUUCUGUUAAAGUGAUGGAACACCCAUUUAGAACUGUUCCAAACACUCUGUGUGUGAAAGCACAUUGAUUUUAAGUUUUGGGUACAGUAAAGUUACACUUUGAGAAGCAGCCACCAAAAGCUUAACAUCUAAGCAUUUACACACCGUAUAUGUCGCAUAAAUAUGUGUGACUGCUAUAGUUAGUGAGCACUUUUUCUAAAACUUCACUAAAACCUUUUGUCUUUCUUAGCAGAACUUCAGCAUCAAACAACAUUUUAAGAAUCGCAUAUGCAUUCAAUUCAGUAGGAGUCUUCCAAAAUGCAUAGCAAUGUCAGAAUGAAAAUAACAGCUGAAAUGUUUCUGCAGUCCAGAGAUGUGUGGGAAAAUGACGUUUGAAAUGCAUUUUGUAUACAGGUGGAGGACAGACUUGCAUUUGCACUACUAUAGCUUGAAUUAAAUGUAAAACUUUUGAGAUACAGCACGCAUUACACUGUAUAUAUACACAAACUACAUAUUAUUUCCUGUUCACUUCCUGUUUUUUAUUUGAUAAUUCAUUAUGACCUCUACAGUCAUAAUUUCUUAAAUCUUUAUAAACAUGUCUCCUCUGUGUUAAGAGUGAAUGAAAUGAAACAAUAUUUGUCAGUAUGUCAAAAAUGAUAGUAUGCAUGUUGUCAAAUUGAGACAUUAAGUACUGUUAUUUUAUUAAUGCCAAUUUUACUAGUUUCACCUUCUGAGUAUUUCUAAAUGUAUAAGUAUAUAUUCACUUUGAGCUUUAAUGCAGGAGAGAAAGAGUUGGCUAAUGUGCAUUUCUUAAUUAAAGUGAUUCAAGCUUUGUAAGUUUGAGGUGUGGUUAAAAAAAAAAAUACUUUUUUUAAAAGUUUAUUGAUUGUUGAUAAAUAUUUUAUAAAUUAAA